CGCUGACACUAAAAGCGCUCAGCAGCCGUGAGACACUGGAUAUACACGCGCCUGCUUUAAAACAGACACAGGACAAAAGAGCAUCUUUACAAGAACACGAUCUAUUAAACGGUAAGAAGCAAUGGCUGAACACAUGAUGAUGCCUAUGACCCAUGGCUCCACUGGCGGAGGCCUACAUGGGUAUCGCAUGGGAAUGACUGGCCCCUCUCCACAUGGACCCCACCCUGGCAUGCGGAUGCUGCCCAAUGGGCAGCUUAUGCACUACGGCAGGGGCCCCCAAAGCUCCAUGGAAGCAGCCAUGAGGCAGAGGAAUGCGAUGAAUGGCGUCAUGAAUGGUCAGGUCAAUGGCCAGAUGGGUGGUGUUCACCCCCACCAAAUGCAGCAGGCCAAUAUGAUGUAUGGAGGUCCAAAUCAACCUCAAGCACAGCACCAUCAUAUGCAUCCACAAAACCAGCACCCACAGCAAUAUAUGGGUGGUGGAGGCCUUACAGCAUCUCAACAGCUUAUGGCGAGCAUGCAUCUACAGAAACUCAAUACUCAAUACCACGGGUACCCACACGGCCCAGUCAAUGGGCAUCAAAUGGGAAAUGGGGUCCAGCACAGAAUGAGUCCUGCUCAGUUGGCGGGCAUGCAGAUGGGGAUGGGUGGCCCAGCAUUGGGCCUAAAUGUCAUGGACAUGGACUUGAUCGACGAGGAGGUUCUGACGUCUCUUGUGCUGGAGCUCGGGUUGGACCGGGUUCAAGAGCUGCCUGAGCUCUUCCUUGGACAAAAUGAGUUUGACUUUAUCUCAGACUUUGUGUGCAAGCAGCAGCCAAGUACUGUCAGUUGCUGAGAGGACAAUCAGAGGUUCAACCUCUGGUCCUUUAGGCCUGGUCACCAAUAAAACUCUGGGACAACUCAAGAAAAGCUCAAAUAUUCCAGGUUUUACGUUACUCUGUGUAUCUGUGAAGUUGUGCUAUGCAUAUUGUAGUGCACACUGACUUGAUCUGUUUGCUUUUGAAGAGUGGUUGGGUUAAAAUAUGGUCAAGACUUCUGGAUGGUCUACACUCUUUUAAGAGCUGGCCACUGUGAUUGGUCAGUUGAAGCUUUGGUGAGCAAGCUUUGUCUUGUCCCAUUGGUCCUGCUCGGUUGAUGUUGACCAACUGCCCAAUAGUUGAAUGUAACUUCACAUUGGGAAAAAAAGAAGUCUGCUUGAACAAUGCAGGAAAUGCUUUGCCUCCUCAGGGGCGACUAGAAUCAAUAGCAUUAGAAAUGUAUUUAUGUAUGACGCCUACCAAAAAACAGACAUGAUCUGUGGUGAUGGAGAAACCUGCCUUUCUCAAACAAACCCCAAGAAAAGAUUUUGUUUGAAUAUGGGUAUUGAAGGCUGGUACUUCAAAACUAGUGAAGUUGAUUUUCCAGUAGCUCUUUAUGAUAUUUGAAAUGGUGAGAUGGUAAGGGUUGGGAAUGAAACAUUCUUUUGACACAGUGUUACACUGUUAAUUUUCUGUAUAAAACGAUUCUGAAUCUAUCGUAAAAAUUAUACUGUCACAUUCAACACACUUAUUUCUGCUACUUCUAACAGAACAAGGGGUCAUUCACACAGGAUACACUCUUGCAUUCAAAACAGCUAGAUGGAGCCAAUAUGAUCACACAGGAAGUCAGCAUGCUGCUUUUCAGUCUCCUGAUAUCGAUCCCAUUCUGCAGAGUUACUGACAUGUGCCAUCUCCCAUCAGGCAUUUUGCAUCAGCUGGAAUAUGUUUAUGUUUUCCUGUGGUGUGACUGAUAGUGUAUUGUAACAGCAGCCUCAGAGACACAGGCUUUGGUCCAGACAUGAAGCCAGGAAGUCAUCACAUUCAGAUAAUGAGGAGUGUGAUUCAGAGGUUGCAUUCUCCCUCUAAGAUUCAUUUUUUUUUUUUCCACAGAUGGUUAGGUUUAGGGUGGGUUUUGUGAUAGGGCACAUGGUUAGUAAAAUUUGCAUUUCCAUAAUUCACAACUAAAAACACUUUUACCAUCCCUCUGUGGACAUUUUACAACAGAACGCAGGGGUCUCCAGAUGUAUUUUUAACUUGACACAAAAACGCAAUGCUUGUAGUGUAAGACGCCCAAGCAAGAUACAAUACAACAGCCAAAGAUAUCCAUCUCAUGCAUGUGUACAUGGACCAACAAAUAAAAAUAGCACAGAUGGAACACAAGAACAUGUUCUGUGUGAACGCCCCCUAACUUAUAGUGUCUUAAAUUCACUAUAGGAUGUGUCUUGGAAGUUACAGGAAUAUUUCCGUGUUGCCUGGAAAAAAGCGGAACGCUUUGUAGCCUCCCUUGCUAAUUGCUGAACCUGUAUUCCCUGCUGAUGAGUUUGAACUGUAGAACUGCCUUAGUUUUUUUUUUUUUACACAAUACUGCUAAUUAUUCACUGUAGACAUUUGUACCUGGUGCCAUGGAACGAGGAACUAGAAACUACUUUUUGUAUGAUGUAUAGAGGGAAAAUAUGGCUUCUUCCAAUCUGUUGUAUUUUUUCAUAUAGGGUACAGAAUGUGGACCACCACAACCUCCAUUAAGCCACAUAUUGCAUACAGAAUUAAACUUUAAAAAUAAGUGUAUCCAUUUUUGUGUAAUUUGAUCUGAAUGUCAGUUGUUAAACUAUUGUUUUGAAACAACCACUAACCAUUGCACCAAUGUCUCGAUAUGUGUUUGAGCUAGCACAAAAUGACUUUUGCCUCUACACUUCCCUAACACUGCAGCUUUAAAUUUGAUUAGAUAGAAAUUACACUUACAACCCUCAUCUUAAUUGAGGUCAGCGUGGUCCGUCAUCUCAGAUGGCCUGACAAAAUGGGCAUGUUCAUUUGCCUAAUAUUGCAUAGGGUGUAGUGAAGAGUUUGGGAACUGCUGCCCUGCUGAGUGUAGAGGACGUUGAGAACUUCCUGUGGUGUUAUGUUGGUGGUUGUGUUCGGUUGAGUACUCUGUGGGGGUUGGGAUGGAAAAAGCACAGUGUACAGUAGUAGGUUAAUCUGUUCCACCCGAGCUGGGCUCAACACUCUUGGCUCUACCCACCCCAGGGUAAUUGCUGUGUGCACGGCUUGAACAGUAUCCGCUGAAUAAAAAAAGGACAAACAGGGAAAGACAGAGAAUCAGAUAGGUCAUGUCCUGUGUUUUGCAGCUCAAAUUGUGUUGAUUGUUCAGGGCUUUGAUACUUAAGGAAUGGGGAAUUGAUCUAGUUAGUAGUAUUUCUUGUAUCUGUCAUUUCUGCAAUGUCUUCCCCAUGUCAUUGUUCUGUAAUUCACCAUGCUUGACUAAUUAUAGAGUAAACAGCCUCUAGGAAACAUGAAAUGAUAUGUGAAUUUUGAAUUGAUUGGGAAAAUUCCAAAAUCAUUCAUUCUCAGAGAUCCAAUUCUUAGAAAUGUUCUUUUUCAUUUGUUUGUAUUUGUUUGUUAAAGGGAGGUAGUGUGUGAACAUUUGAACUUAAUAUCACUUUGGUUUUUGCCAAUCUGUGUAUGGUAAAUCACACAACCUCCCCAAAGAUCAGUUCAGAAUGUCAACUGCGGGUUUGUGUGGACACAAGUGAGAUUGUAUGUUCUCUUCCAAAUUGUUUGCUGUUAUUUACUGUCGCCAUGCUCCCACAAAUUCUUUUUUUAAUGUUGUUAAUUAUAUCUUAAGGAAAUGUAUUUAUUUUCAUUGAAA